AUGUCAUUAAAAGCAUAUGAAGAUGCUUGUACUAGAGCUGAAUUGUUUGGCCAGCCUUUGCCUGACAGAGAUGAUUUUUUAUCAAAACAUAAACAUCUCGACGUUGUGGAAUUUGAGGAAAAUACUGCUAUGUUGGAAGAUCACUUGAGACAUGGCACCGGCGGCCUGGCAGAAUUAAACACAAUUUUGGAUUCUACUCAAACAAAAAUUAAUCGUCUUAAGGGUGUGUGCGGUACAAUUACAAACUUCUUUCGCGUUAAACUAUCAGCAAAGGACAAUUUAUCCUACUCAAGCGAACCUAGCUAUAUUGGACAAACUAAUUUUGAUAAGGAUUACAUUCCACCUACUACUGAAAUAGGCUCUGUGAAUGAGGGUCUUGGCUCCAAAGAUAACGAAAUGUCAACACGUGCGGGAAUAUCAAAACAAAAUGGCGGCGAUAUUAAUUCGGGUUUAGAUGAUUUGAAGCAGAUGGAAGAUCAGGAAAAUGCGUCUUUAUUGGGUAAGGCAGCUGUUAAAGAUAUUGGUAAGCAAGUUACAUCUCAAAUAAGUAAGUUAGAUAAAUUGAUAUGUUCAGCGGAUAGGGCGCAGACUUCAAUGAACAAUCAGAACAAGCAAAUGAGGUCCCAUUUACGAUAA